AUGGCCCCUCGCAGCUACUCUAAGACUUACAAUAAGUCCCCUUGUGUUAAUCAUUUCAUGUCCAGUGCUCUCUGGCUAACCUGAAUUUUACAGGUCCCUCGUCGUCCAUUUGAGUCAGCCCGUCUGUGAGUACCACUGAGUUUGAGCGUGCUCAUUCUUAUGUCUCCUUAUCAAACACGAUACAAUCUGCGGGAAUACUGAUGCGUUGGUUUUGCGGGAUUGUAGUGAUGCUGAAUUGAAGAUUGUUGGCGAAUAUGGUCUUCGCAACAAGAGAGAAGUUUGGAGGGUUCAGUUGACACUCUCCAAAAUUCGGUAUAUAUGCCCGCCCUUUAAUGGAGGGGGCUAUGCUAACUAAGUGUGGGUAGUCGUGCUGCCCGCCAACUUUUGACUUUGGAUGAGAAGGACCCUAAGCGUCUCUUCGAGGGUAAUGCUCUUAUUCGCCGUCUGGUCCGUGUUGGUGUCCUGGACGACUCCCGCAUGAAAUUGGAUUACGUGUUGGCUCUCCGUACUGAGGAUUUCUUGGAGCGUCGUCUUCAGGUAUUCUACUUGCUUUCCUAUAUCUUGAAUAUCGUGUCUAAGAGUUUUAUCUAUAGACUCAAGUUUACAAGCUCGGCCUCGCCAAGUCUAUCCACCACGCCCGUGUCCUUAUUCGUCAGCGCCACAUUCGUGUUGGAAAGCAGAUCGUGAAUGUUCCUUCUUUCAUUGUUCGUCUUGACUCUCAGAAGCAUAUCGACUUUGCUUUGAGUUCGCCAUUUGGCGGUGGGCGUCCUGGACGAAACAGGAGAAAGAAGGCCAAGGCUGCCGAGUCUAAGGGUGAUGGUGAAGAAGAGGAGGAGGAGGAGUAAAUUCCUAGUUCCUUAGUCACAAAAAAUAAUAAUGGUCAAAUCUUCAAUGGAGCGGGGGCUAUGAUUCACUUUCGGCGGAAAGGUAUUUGGUUUAUACGAGAUUUCCUUUUGUCAUGCCCGGGAAUUGUAAAUUUGUGGCUGAUGUGAUCACAAUGAGAUUUAUGAUACGGUGCUUCUUGGGUAAUUUCACAUAAUUGAUUCC